CCACAUUAUACUCACUCAGCAAUCAUCUCUUGCAUACUUUCAUAUAUACAUUAUCGUGCUUGUUGUUAAGCAAAACAUGGCAUCCUCAAAGGCUUUUCUUCUUCUUGGUCUUGUCUUUGCUGUUCUCCUCAUCUCCUCUGAGGUCUCAGCUACUCCAACUCAGGAGAGUGCCGUCAACUAUGGUGACAAUUUUCUUGAUGACCACGAGCAUGGGCAUGGGCAUGGGCAUGACCACAGGCAUGUCCAUGGCCAUGGGCAUGACCACAGGCACGUCCACGGGCAUGGACGACAUGGCCACGGCCACCACGGCAAAGGGGGACCUGGUGCUGCUGAGACUGAAACCGAGAAUUAGAUAACCUGUUAGUUUCUGUGACUUAUGUUGCAGGUGUAUCGUAAGGGUAGUAGUAUGCAAUAAAGUUGUAAUGGUUUGAGUAAUAUCUAUAAACUCUCGAUCAUAGGUUCGCCUUAAGCCUGUUCUUGUGUCUCUGUCAUGUACGGAUUGGAUCACCUUGUUAUGUACUAAAAUGUGAUUUAACUUGCUGACUA